AUGCUAAAUUUUUCUAGGGCCAGAAGUCAGCCAAGGGCAGCUAGAUCCAUGUCAUUAGGAGGUAUGGAUUAUGUGGAUCCAAAACGGAAAGGGAAUUUUAUCGGGAAGGUUUGUCUUGUUGCAGCAUUAACCACAUUGUGCAUUUUGGUGAUCAAGAAAUCUCCGUCCUUCACUUCUCCCAGUCUGUUUUCUAUCCAUGAACCUGGGGUGACCCAUGUUUUAGUGACAGGAGGUGCAGGCUAUAUCGGUUCACAUGCUACCUUACGACUCCUGACGGAUUCUUAUCGAGUCACCAUUGUGGAUAAUCUUUCACGUGGAAAUUUGGGCGCCGUCAGGGUUCUUCAAAGGUUAUUUCCAGAACCUGGAAGGCUUCAGUUUAUACAUGCUGACUUGGGAGACGCGAAAUCUGUUGAUAAAAUAUUUUCAGAGAAUAAGUUUGAUGCCGUGAUGCACUUUGCAGCUGUUGCAUAUGUGGGAGAAAGCACACUUUACCCUCUUAAGUAUUAUCACAAUAUUACGUCAAAUACCUUGGUGGUGUUGGAGGCUAUGGCUAAAUAUAAUGUGAAGACAUUCAUAUAUUCAAGUACAUGUGCAACAUAUGGAGAACCUGAUAAGAUGCCCAUUACAGAAGUAACAGAACAGAAACCGAUCAAUCCAUAUGGAAAAGCCAAGAAGAUGGCAGAAGAUAUCAUUCUUGAUUUUUCUAAAAAUUCCAAGAUGGCAGUAAUGAUUCUAAGAUACUUCAAUGUGAUUGGAUCAGACCCUGAAGGGAGAUUAGGCGAGGCCCCUAGACCCGAACUUCGAGAACAUGGUCGAAUUUCAGGUGCAUGCUUUGAUGCAGCUCGCGGUAUCACACCUGGCUUGAAGGUUACAGGAACAGAUUAUAAAACACCCGACGGUACAUGCAUUCGAGAUUAUAUUGAUGUAACCGAUCUUGUUGAUGCUCACGUCAAAGCUCUUCAAAGGGCAACCCCCCGUAAAGUUGGGAUCUACAAUGUUGGCACUGGAAAAGGCAGGUCAGUUAAGGAGUUUGUGAGUGCUUGUAAAAAGGCUACAGGCGUCGACAUCAAAGUAGAUUUCCUUCCGAGACGGCCCGGCGAUUAUGCCGAGGUGUACAGCGACCCUACCAAGAUCAGGCUCGAACUGAAUUGGACAGCGCAACACACUGACCUUGAAAAGAGCAUACAAGUUGCAUGGAAAUGGCAGAAAUCUCGCCCUAACGGUUACGGAAGUUCUUAG